AUGGCCUUCGAAAAGAGGAUUCGAGGCCGAAUGGCUCAACCCGUGAUUUCAAUCGACACAACCACUGAUGAUUCUUUUGAGGAACUGUCUUCAGCACCGUCUGUUUCGCGGAGAGAAUACCCGGAAGAAAACCUCGCGAGUUCAAAGUUUGCUGAAGCAAUGAACAACCCAGACUGGCGUCGUCGACGCGAUGGAUUCAGUGCUUCUGACCUUACUGACACAACCAACAGCACAAAUCAAGCCAGCCCACAUGGUCGCGGGGUUGCCAGCAACGGCACAGAAGGAGGGUACAUCUCCCAUAUGAGGAAUGGAAACAUAUCUCCGUGGACUUUGAUUGACAAUUCCAAUCAAUUCCAACCAUGCCUCUGCGGUUCUGAGACUGAUAUCAAGGAAUCAAACGUGUCUUCUACUAACCAAGAACAUGAUGAUACGCAGGCAGCUGAUGCCAUGAGUGGACUCUGUACUAUCCAGCUUAACGUCGACCUGGCCGGUGGCCACAGCAAAGACCGCCAACUCCGCGUUCUUCAAGUCUCACCCCUUCCUUCUUACGCUGCCAGCACACAGGAGAAUAGAACGGAAGUCCCUCAUAUUGAUCAAGAGGCUCCUAUUGCCUACGUGCAACGUGUGAUCAGAAAACAGCGAACAACUAUGCAAAGAACUGAUAACUUCAAUGCGGAAAGAGGUCGAACUCCUCGCCGUAUUUUCCCCACAGAGACCGGAAACGAGAGUGAACUCGACAAAAAAAGGACCGACAAGGCCAGGCAAGCUGUGCUGAAGGACCCAGCUGUUGCCAAUAUCGGUAGCGCACAUGCAAAAUCCCAACCAACGGUACUCAGUGGCCUGUCAUCGCCAGCUGAGCAAACCAGAAAGAGUGAAGAACUCGAACGCAGAAAAGCCGCUUUCAUGAAAAUUCUGCAGAAGCUUCAGAAAGGGUCAAAAAAUGAGACUGAAAAAACCAAGAGAGACACAAACAGGCCCUUCAUCAGUCAUGGUUAUCCGUGGGGCCCAAAAUCAAGCCAGCAGCCGGGCCAAUCUAAACAACAAAGCUCUGAUUCCGGUAUUGGCUCUCUUUAUAGCGACCACCCGAGAAAUAAGGAAUCAUCUAAUGACUCCGGAGUCCGAAUUGAUUCUGAUGCCCUCACACAUGGGUAG